AUGGUUUCUAUUCUAUCCGAUAAGGACAUUUUACAAUUAAUUGACACAUUCUUCCUGAAGUCAACCUGCCUAAUAUGCUCUUCAAACAUAACAGAACAAUCUACUUUUCAAAAGAUAAAUAGAUUUGAUGAUGAAUGGUUUAAUUCAACCGACACAAAUAUAGAGUCAUUCCCUCCAAUUCUAAAGGGAUGGUCCAAUUACGAUGGUAAGCAUCCAUUACCUGCCUUGGUUAUCGAGACAUUCCUAGACCUACGUCAACUAUCUUCCUCACACACGGUCAGGUUGAAAGAUAAUGAAGAAAACUCAUGGAUUGUUUGUAAGGGUGGUAAGAAAACAGAGAUUGUCUUGGAACGUUGGCUGAUUGAAUUAGAUGAUACUUCACCCACCUUUAAAGCAUAUAGAGUUUCUGAUGAAGAAAAGAAUAGCGUUCAAAAGCAAUUGGCCCUCUUACUAAGUUAUUUGCAUACUCUACUACAACUAUUACCAUCUCACGACUUGUCAUUAACUCUCUCCAAACAGGGUUCGACCCGCACCCCCACUCCAGCUGUGGAUAUAGGGGCCAGAAUUCUUGAUGGUUCCAAACCAAUCCUCUCUAAAGGAAGAAUUGGAUUAAGUAAACUGAUCAUUAGCACUUAUUCAAACGUUGUUAAUGAAACGAAUAUAUCGCCUCAUUUAGAACAACGAAAGAUAACACCUGUAUGGACAAAAUUUGGAUUACUGAGGGUUUCUGUAUCAUAUAGGCGUGAUUGCCAGUUUGAAAUUAGAGACUCCGAUGAUAAUACAAUCAAUAAGAAACAGCCGGAAACGAUUACUAAGGAAUCAAUGUCGCUUUCUCCACGGACCAAGGAACAUCUAGGUAUUUCUCCUGCAACGCAAACCCUACAAAGAAGACGGCUAUCAACAUCGAAACCAAUUCAACCAUUUAAAGUCGGAUCAGUUAGUAAUGCCAACAGUAGAAAUCCAUCAAAUUCAUCGAUGAUUGGAAUACCACAAGCACAUAGACCAAGUAUUAGCUCAAUUACUGGGGCUCCGCAAAUUCCAACUACGCAUAUAGAAAGUACGAGUAUUGAAAGUGGAUCCCGAUUUUCUUCGUCCUUUGGUAGGUUACGUAGACAUUCUAGUUUGAAGUCCAAUGAAAAUCCUUUAUUAAAUGCUACGAAGAAGGUACCUGAUACAUCAUCUGAGGAAUUGUUAGAUUUUGUUAAAUUGCUUGAUCAGAAACCUCAGCUGAAAAUAAAAAAAGUAAAUAGUAAUAAUGGACAAAUCUCAAGUUCUUUAAUAAAAUUCCAGAAUCUAAAACCUAGUAAUGAUUUGCUGAGUGAAGAUCUUUCAAUGAGCUAUUCCAUGGAACCAAAUCAAAUAUCACACAGUCGAAGGUCAGGAUCGCAUUCACCACGCCCUUCAUUUUCACCAGGAAUACAUAAUAAAGUUUCACCAAGUUAUACAUUUUUCAAAGGUAGUUCCAGCGCAGUAAAUAGUAGGCGGAACUCACUAGAUAAGGGGCGACAGCCCAGUAUUCUUCCUCCAAUUUAUGGUGGGGAGAGUAUGUCUAGGCAAGAUUUCACUAAAGAAACCUCAUCCAGUGCUAGUAGUACGGCAAGUGGCGGAAGCUUCCGUGAUGAUGAAUUAUUGUCUACAAAUGUAAAAUCGAAGGAUAUAAUAGGACAGAAUUCCUACAAGUAUCAUACAUCAUUAUCUCCCAAAUCCAUUGAAAGUGUGAUGGGCUUGCAUACGAGAAAUAGGUUUCAAUUUCAACAGCCACAUCAUUUUUCUCAACCAACCAUUGCAACAGCACCAGCCCAUGCUAUAAUACAUAAACCUAAAAUCCAUUCAACUGAAAUGCUGAAUAGGGAAAGCAAUAUAAUCGAUGAACUACACGAUUAUGAGACUAAUGGAAAGCCAAGGAUAGAUGAACCAAACGCACAAGAUGGUGGCAGGAAUGCUGAUAAUACGGAUGAGGAUGAUCUUGUAUUUUUUAUGAGCGAUAUGAACCUCCCAAAUCAAUAA